CUUGGCUGAGUCUUGAGCUUUCUGGGUGCAGGUGCACCAAGCCCGUCUGUCUGUCCGCAUUUCAUCUUGUCUUGUCUUGUCUUGCCUUCCGGAAUAGUCCCAUGAAUGAGUCCGCCUCAAACCAUACCAACUCCUCUUCCCGAGGGUUCGGCUACCGGCUACAGUACAGCGCUUUGCUGGUCUCAGCUGGGGGUGGAAACUCCUGGAACUGGGGGAUGCCUCUUGUUUCGCGUGAGCAUGGCUGGGGGCUGGUUAUGUGACAUGGAUGGGAAAGUUUGUUCGAGAAGGAAGUCUCUAGUCGCAGGCACAAUCACUCUAUUCCUGCUGGCAUGCGGACUCCCGGUGUCCGGACCUGCACAACGUGCUCCAGGCUGGCGGUUUGCGCCGUCUCAAGCUUGUUACGCAACACCGGUAUCGUUGAGACUGGUGUCGCAGGGACUUGGAAUGUCAUUGCUGGCACUCUCGAGCGGCGGGUAGGAUGGGCAGGAAUCCACACGACUGUACAUAU